AAAAUAAAAAAGAAAACUUUCCCUAGAUACAAGAACUUUCAGCUUUCAAGCUCGGUCCUGCAUCGAGUUGUGACGAUUGCAUCUGACCCGAUGUGCUGUCUCCCUAAGACAACUGCACGCACGCCUUGGCAGUUGCAUUUCUCGCGGAACAGCGACCUUUCUCCAGUGACGUUUUGUGAAGUAGCUUCAUGGGGUUUGCCACGGUCACGACCUUUCUCCAGUGACUUUUUGUGAAGCAGCUUCAUGGGGUUUGCCACGGUCAACAGAGGACCGUUUACUGUGGUUUGUCCUUGACGUCUUUUGUCCCCGGGCCACAUUUCUGGCAGGACACCACUGCAGUUGUGGGCUCCGAAUUGUUGAGGACAAUGGAAAACUCACUGACAGGCAUUUUAGACGUGUCCGAAGCCAGAUGCGAACAGCAAGAUGGCGUAAACGACCCCGCGGACUCCAUUAUUUCCUCCAUAGGGAGCAGCUUUGCCGACCUCAACAACAUGAUCAGCGAGCAACUGAACCAAGACUUCGAGAUAGCCAACUUGCUACCCUAUGGAAAGUUCAUCAGUGACAUCCUCGGCCUCGCCGUCGGGUACUAUUCCUUCGAGAGUUCCUGCAGAGGCGGUGAAUCGUAUUUGGUGAACACUGUCCCGGCGCCUAUCCACUCGCUGCCUCCCAAUCCGUUCACUGGCAACCUGAGAGACAAAGAAUGCCUGCUAGAGUGCAUCAGCGCGAUGAACACCGAGGAGGACGAGCUCAGAAGAAAGGACCUCUAUGCGCGGUACUGCAGUGAAUACCGAAACUGCGUUUCGCCGAAAGAGCUCUUUCUCUGUGCUGCGAGACACAACCGCGAGAUUCAACAGUUGCUUGCCAUGAUUGACGACGAGAUCGAGAAGCCGCAGGAGUACAGAUUGAAGCCGACCUUCAAGACUCGUGCGUCUCGACCGUCAGAAGUUCCUGAGGAUGCCAACCAACUGGAACAGCUAUUAGUGGCAUUGAACAAAGGACACGGCCUCCUGACACCGAGGGCCAACAUCUAACGUGCUCAUCAGAGCCAGCGUCUUGCCAGGAAAAGUGGACCUGGCGGUAACGACACAACGCAGACGAGCUCUUCGUGUGAAUAGUUCCCCUUCUUUAAGAAGCAAACGUUCUGAAUUGUCAGUCUCGGUUGCCGCAACUCACAGCAGUUCGGAGCACAGGUGCAUCGUACCCAUUCCAUCAACACGGGCUUUACAGUGCGUUCACUGCACAGACCCACGCGCGUACCCGUAGAUGGAAAGCAAGUGGCAUUUAGAGUUGGAGCUUCAGUGCUUCUAUUUUGAAACUAUUCUAUAUCUGCCUGAUUUCUUUUGAACCGGUUUUUGGGGAAAAUUCCCAGUGUUGGGUUUUGGCAAAAACGUAGCCAGAUUUUGACGAAGUCAGCCUUGCAGAAGAAACGACGACCAAUAAUGCAAGCGUGGCCAUCUGGUCCGUCUUUCUUUGACGAAUUUCUAUUCGAAGCCCAUUGCUUUGUAACUGAAGGCUAUGAAAUAUGUCUCGGAAAGGGCGACACAAAUGCAUCACGGGGGGUGAGUAUCGAGCAGCAGCAAAAAGAAAAUACUGCGCCCGCGUGCCAUAGACAACGGCCACCCUCGAGUCUGCAUCACGGGUUGUCUGACGUUUUGACGGGUUCAGUAGAUGCAUCCAGAACAGUGCUGCCACUAAAGAAGCUGUGUUUUUCUAUUUCAGGUGCUCCGCCUAAACUUUUUCGUAGUGGUGCUGAGCUGAAGGAUUGUGUCCAGCGGACAUCCCGCCGCGCAGAGACGAACUAUUCCCGAGAUUCUCUGAACCGUUCUAAAUGAUGUUUUCUUGUCACUGGACGUAACCGCGUGGCAACCGGAGGCUGCCGAGCACCACUGCAACUGCUGCAGCUGCGAUCCUCUUGGGGGCGUUACGGCUCGCUUUCUGAGACCCUCGAGAAGAAAGUGUAUCUUCCAGUCCAGUGGGGUGGUGGUGUAAUAGGCAACUUGGUAGACUGUAUCUCAUAAAGGGAGUCAUAGUCAAUAACCUAGGCUAUCUUCAGAAACGGCAUCCAAGUAUUUUCUGUUCAUUGUACCUUGGAAGUGCUUUUUUGUCGGAUCGCAGUCGUAAUUCUCAUAUACGUGAUGCCGGUUUUGUACGGUAGUUACAGUCACUUCUUUGCACCAGUCCGAUUGGAUGUUCAGAAGUCGCUUUUCUGAGAACCAACGCGAGAACCUGUUUCCUAGCAC